AUGGUGAGAGCAAGGAAGAUUGAAAAGUAUAAAAGGAUGCUUGGAUACCCAGAAUAUUUUCACAAUUAUUCCAAAAAGAUAUGGAUUUUUUGGUCUGCUGAUUACAAAAUCAAUGUCCUGGAUGAUAAAGAACAACAAGUUUUACUCCAAAUUUCUCAAAUUCGUGGGAAUAUUUCAUUUCACAUUACCAUUGUGUAUUCCAAGUGCGAUGAAAAUCAAAAAAAUGUUCUAAGGGAUGAACUCAGAAGCACGUCCAAUAACAUUAACGACCCUCAGAGAGUGGUUGGUGAUUUUAAUGUAGCUAUUAGCUCGGAGGAGAAGCUCGGUGGCUUACCCUAUAGAAUUCAAGAAGGAAUUAAUUUCCUCUCCUGUCUGAAUGAUUGCAAUUUACAAGAUGGUGGAUUUCAUGGAACUGUUUUCACUUGGAAAUGUGGGAAGUAUGAUCCUACUCAUACUAAAUAUUUCAAAAUUUUGAAUAAAUGGGUGGACCAUGAUGAAUACUUGAAUGUUAUCCAACAAUCAUGGGUUGAAGAGGUUCAUGGGAAUCCUCUUUAUAUCCUCCACCAAAAGACUAAAAUAGUAUGCAGUGCUCUGAGCAGAUGGUUAAAGACUACUUUUGGUGAUAUUUAUGAAGAACCAAAGAAGCUGGAAAAGCUCAUUAAGGAACUUGAAGAGGUAUCUAUUACCAAUAAUACUCAAGAUAUCAGGACCAAGUUGGCUAGAACUAAAGCUGAAUUCACCAGUUUCUUGAUUCUUCAGGAGAAAGUUCUAAGGCAAAAAUCUAGGGUCAAAUGGUUAGAUGAAGGGGAUGCCAACACAGCUUACUUCCAUGGAGUCUUUAAGGAUAGAAGAAGAAAGCUUUUUAUCCUCAAAAUAAAAAAUGAGGAAGGAGAAUGGAUAGAGGGCUCCAAUGAUGUAGCAAGUGCAGCUGUCCAGUUCUUUCAAAAGAUGUUUCAAGCUGAUAUUGUUGUAGAAGACUCUCAAAUUCUAAAUGUAGUGAAGAAGGUGGUUACUGAAGCUCUUGACAGCUAUGCCUUCCCUCUAGGAGGUUAA